UGUGUGUGCUGUCGUUUUCUCUUUUUUUUCUAAAGAAAAUAUGGCUACUUCUAUAGAAAAUUCCAAUUCGAUUCAGAAUUCAGAUUUAAAUACUAAUAAUGAAUCAGAAUCAUCCUCAUCACAAUGUGAUAAUAAUGGUUUUCAAAAAAUUAAUGAUCAUCAUUUAAAUUCAAAUACCACCACCACCAACAAUAUAUUGGUAUGGAAACGACGAUUCUAUACACGUAUCAAAAACAAUCUAUGGAUAUUAGGAUUUUUAGGAAGUUUAUCCAUUCCAUUAUUAUGUGGUUUAUCAUAUGCAUUGACUUGGCAAAAAGGUCAUUAUCAUCCAAUUUUUCCAUAUGUAUCAGAUUCGGCAUCAUUUCUACCUGCGGCUAAUUAUUUUUCACAAUUAUUGGACAUGAUUGCCAUCAUAUUCACCAUAACGAUAUGGGCCCGUUAUAAACAGUUCAAAUAUUAUCUAACCCGUUUAUUACCGAAUUCAACGAACAAACAUAUCAAUAAUCCAUAUAAACUACGAUUAUUACAUCAAAUGAAUUUUUAUUUUCUCAUAUUUGGAUUAAUAGCUCCAUUUGGUCUAGUGUUAAUUGGUAAUUUUAGAAUCGUUGAAAAUAUGACUGGACAUAUGUUCGGUGUAACAGUGUUGUUUGGUUUCAUUCCAAUCAUCAUGCUCAUACAGAUUUACCUGAUUGAACAAUUAUAUCGAUGUGAUAGAAUAGAAUCACGUGCAAUCAGUUUGAUGAUUAUUACUUCAUUCAACAUCAUAUCCACAUUUACUAGCAGUUUAACAGCAUUAAUCGCUGUUUUAUAUCAUGGUUCACCAUUUAAAUAUUGGGAUAAUAAUUUCCGACUAUAUUGGUCAUCCGAUAUGGAUGGUUAUGAAUGGCAUUUAGCAAGUACCAUUGCUGAAUGGGCGGCUAUUAUUUCAUUUGCACCAUUAUUAUUUUCAACAUCACAACGAUUACGAUUAUUUCAACAUUGGGAUCAAGUUUCAUUCUAAUCACUGGAUAAUAUAUCAAUCCAUUAUAUACAUAUAAACCCAUUAUUUCUGAUUUUUAUUAUUUUUUUCCAAUUCGAUUUCUUUUGAUUCUUUUUUUAAAUAAAUGACAUAAUAAUA